UCAACUUCUCUGAAAUAAAUUAAAUGCAUCUGCUAUUUUAUUACAUUUCCAGUCUGUUCUUUCAUUAGUCUGAAACAUGGGGACUUCUCGCACAUGGAGCUGUCUAGUUGCACUUCUGUAUCUCCUCAGUUUGGGUGUUGAGAUUCUUUGUGAUUGUACUCUGAAAGGUGUGGAAAUAGAGGGAGGUGAAUAUAGGCUGUCCAAGAAUUUGGAGCCAGGCAGCCAACUCAUCUACUACUGUCAGGAUGGCUACUAUCCCGACCCUGCUUUGACUCGCAUCUGCCUGCCUAAUGGGUCCUGGAGACCCUCACCCAGAAAGUUCCAACUGCAGAAAUGCAAACGUGUUGAAUGCCCUGACCCAAAUGUGUUAGAAAAUGGAAACGUCUUCCCUGGUCAGGAAAAGUACUAUGUGGGCGAUGUAACAUCAUAUAAUUGCUACUCUGGAUACACAAUGAGAGGCUCGCCCAGUCGGGUUUGCUUACCAAAUGGGAAAUGGAAUGGCUCCACUCCAAUCUGCAGCCGCGAUUCCGGAGAUGCCUGUCCUGAUCCUGGAGUACCGCCUGGAGCCUCAAGAGUGGGAAACAUGUUUGGGAUUGACGAUAGAGUGAAAUACAGCUGUAAUGGCAACCUGGUUUUGAUUGGCUCUAAGGCGAGAGUGUGUCAGGAGAACGGCCAGUGGACAGGAAUAGAGCCAGCAUGUUACUUCAAGCACACAUAUGACACCCCAAAAGAGGUUUCAGAAGUAUUUGGAAGUGCCAUCAAAAAGAUCCUAACCAUCAGUCAGUCCCUCAAUGAUAUCCAAGAAGGGAGAUCAAUCAGGAUUUCCAAAAAUGGGACUCUCAAUGCUAUCGACAUUUCUGAGAGUACCAACAAAACUCAUUUUAAUCAGUCAAGAGAUGCUGUUAUUACUCUGAUUAAAAAGAUCUCCUCCUUCAGUGUGUCACCAAACUACGAUAUCAUCUUCUUCUCGUCUGACAUUUACAGGGUGGUCAACAUUCUUGAUUUUUACAACACAAUAAAACUAAAUUCAGUUAUAGAAAACCUGAAAAACUUUACAGUAGGAAACAAGAACACUGGAACUGAUCUGAACCUGGCCUUCAAAACAUUUGAGGUUCAAAUGGGUUUUAUAAAGGAACGAGUUGGAGAAGAGCGAUUCAAAGAUCAUCGGCAUGUCCUGAUCUUUUUCACAGAUGGUGGCUACACCAUCGGUGGUUCUCCUGAACCUACUGUUGCUAGAAUAAAGAACAUGGUUUACAUGAAUCAACACGAUUCAGCUAGAUCAAGAGACGAAUAUCUUGACAUCUAUGUCUUUGACAUUGGGACUGAGAUCUUUAAUGAAGACCUGCAACUCCUCACUACAGGAACAGGAGGCAGACAUUACUUCAUAUUGAAUGAAAUUUCAGAAUUACUGGAGACCUUUGAUAAUUUAAUUGAUGAAAGUGAAGUCGUCGGACUGUGUGGUCUUCAUAGAGAUUAUGAACAUAAUCUGAACAUAAUCUAUGUUUGA